AUGCUUGGACCAUUGACUCAAAAUAGCAUUAUCAUUCGUGAACGUCGAAGAUGUUGUAGAAGUACACAGUUUAAUUCAGAUUUUCCUCCACAAUUGACAGGAAUCAUAGAUCCAAAUGAAUUCUUUCAAUCAAUAGACAAUAUUAAUCAAGCACGCAAAUGGACUUUGUGUGAAAAAAUUGCUCGUUUUGUUACUACCUUUUCCGUACUGAUUGGACCAAUAUUAUUGGGUGUCGGUUUGGGAUUGAUAUCACUUAAAAAGCCAGCAGUAUAUAUACCAAUAAUUUGUGUUGGAGCUAUAGCAUCUUUGGCUAGUGUUUUUAUGCUCAUCUAUGUAUCAAUUUUUGUAUCAAAAAUACGUUUGAAACGUCUACACAACGCAGUUCAUGACGAAUCAGUAAGAUAUUCGACAAAACUACCAACACCUACAAAGUGGCGUAUCAAUUCUUAUACGACACAAAAUUACAGUGGAUCAGAUGGCCUGUCCACUAUCAUUCAUUACCAAUUAAUAAUUGAUAUUGAAAAAAAAGUUAAUUCAGCAAAUGGAAGUGAUCGAUUAAAUGAACCAUCGUCCUACAUCGUUUAA